CUUUGAUAACAUACUAUUCAUUAGACAUUCUUUAAGUUUUCUACAAUAGAUUUGUUAUCAUGUCACAUGCCAACUCACUCUCAAACUCAUCAUUGUCACCUUCUACGCCUGAGAAGGAAGAUACAGAAGAUCCUUUACACAUAAGCGAAAAUGAACGACUUCAAUCGAAACUUUCUGGUAUUGAAUUAGAGAACAAAAAUAAAAGAAAAUUUAAUGCUCAUCAAAAUGAAUCUGAUGAUGAUUCCAUUAAAAAAUUAAAGACUGAUGACAAUCAAACAAAUAAAAAUCCUCUGCUUGAGAACAGUGGAAACGGCGGUGGUGAUAAUUCUGGUGAUAGUGAUAAUAAAAUGUUAAAAACAUUUCAAGAAAAAUCACCUGAAAAUGGCGAUUUAAAAGUGCACGAUGAAGUUGAGGAGGAGCAAACAAGUGAAGAGAAAGAUUUAAUACAUAACAGUUCCGAGCAAAAUUGUCAACAAACUCAGGAUCAAAAUCAUGAGUCAGAUAACAAAUCCUCAAAAGAAUGCAACAAGAAAAACGAGAAAAAAGUUCAAAAUCUAAGAAAAAACAUUAAAGACGUGCUUGAUGAAUCGCAAUUAGAUGCAAUAACUUUAGCUGCACAACGUCAAGAAUCUGAACGUCUGGCUCGUGUUCAAGAACAACAAAGACUGAUACGAGAGACACAACGUCAAUUAGCAGCUGAAAAGCAAGCAAACAAAACUCAACAAAAAGUCCUUUCGCUUCUUCAAGGAGAAACAUCAGAGCGACAAUUAAACUCAUCAAACUCAUCCUCAAAUUUUGACCUUGAGGACAUAAUCCUCGAAAAGUUCAGCCUUAAUUCAAAUGUCAACAUCAUGCCAACAGCAAAAUCAACAUUGCAAUCAUUACAAUCGUUAAUAAGUACAGAUGAUACAAUUCCAGAAACCGAUAACGAUUCAGAUGAUGAUGUCGUUAUACAACCAGACGAAUCACAAGACAAAUCGAAAGCUGUUGUUGUUGAUAGUUCAUCGUCUGAUUCAGAUGAUUGCAUAAUUCUUUCCGAUGAAGAAGAAGAAAAUGUUGAAGAUGAUGAUGAAAAUAACAGUGGAGAACAUAUAAAUGAUAUUUAUAAUCAACCAGAUCUGGAGGGAAGAGUUGUUGUUAAUAUUGGACAUCAUCAGAAUGAAUCGAAAAUCUUCGUCGCGCCACAAAUAGCUCGUGUUAUUAAGCCACAUCAGAUUGGUGGUGUUCGUUUUUUGUUCGAUAACAUAAUCGAGUCGGUGGAUUUGUUUGAGAAAUCAUCAGGAUUUGGAUGUAUACUGGCACACUCUAUGGGAUUGGGUAAAACUUUACAAUUAGUUUGUUUCUGUGAUAUAUUCUUAAGGCAUACAAGUUCGAAGAAGAUUCUUGUAAUCAUGCCAAUAAAUACGCUGCAAAAUUGGCUUCACGAAUUCAACAUGUGGCUGCCGUUACCAGAAGAUGUUGACAAGAGUCCUUUGAAGAAAGACGGCGAAGUUCGUGCAAGAAACUUCAAAAUUUUUGUGUUAAAUGACAGUCACAAGACACUUAAUGCGAGAGCAAAGACCGUCAUUGAAUGGUCGCAAGAAGGCGGCGUUCUUAUGAUGGGCUAUGAAAUUUACCGCCUUUUAAGUUUAAGGAAAAUGAAGCAAACGAGAAAGAAGGGAAUUCAUCAGCUGUCAGAUCAACAACCAACUAAAGAAGAUCGAGACAUGUUUGACAAAAUUUAUUCUGCACUUGUUAAUCCAGGACCCGAUUUGAUUGUUUGUGAUGAGGGCCAUCGAAUUAAGAAUGCACAUGCAAGUACAUCAAUGGCUUUAAAACAAAUUAAAUCAAAGAGAAGAAUUGUGUUGACUGGUUAUCCACUGCAAAACAAUUUAUUGGAAUAUUGGUGCAUGGUGGACUUUGUCCGUCCAAGUUAUCUUGGAACGAAAACUGAAUUCAGCAAUAUGUUUGAGCGUCCAAUACAGAAUGGCCAAUGCAUUGAUUCAACACCUCAAGAUUGCAAGCUUAUGCGUUACAGAGCGCAUGUUUUGCAUUCACUUUUGAAAGGUUUCGUUCAACGACGAUCUCAUCAAGUUCUCCAGAAAUGCUUGCCAGAGAAGACCGAAUUUGUUUUGUUGUUUCGAAUGACGCCUUUUCAAAGGAAACUUUACACCGUGUUUAUGAAUGAAGUUGUACGCUCGAAGAGAGUUCCUAAUCCAUUAAAAGCAUUUUCUGUUUGCUGUAAGAUUUGGAAUCAUCCCGACAUAUUAUUCAACUUUUUGAAGAAGCGAGAAUUAGAUUUGGACUUGGAGUUGGAAGAAACAGAAGCAAUUGGAAAAGUUGAAGCCAAUGGAGUUGGAGAAAAGCAAAAGCGUAGAGGUCGAAAGUUGAGAACUAAAAAGUCGCAAGAUGAUUCCAAUCUGGAAUUGGAGAAAUCAACGUCUUUAAAGAAGUCAGAAGUGAAAAUUGAACAAGACAAUGGCAGCAGUAGCAAUGGAAUUAAAAGCAAUACCACAAACUCAAAUUCGAGUAAUGGUGGAAAUUCUUAUUCAUCAAAUCGUUCCACUUUGAGUAGUGGCAGUUACAUUUCAUCAUCUUCAGGCAACUACGAGUCAUCCUCAUACAACUCAAGUUACCAUCAGAACUACGAGUCAAACUAUUUAAAUCCUUAUCCUCCUUAUAACAACAACCACAACAAUAAUCAUCGUGUUAACAAUGACGGCAGUUAUCAACAUUGGAAUAGCGGAAAUCACUGGCAAAAUAAUUACACUGACUUUUCACAUCAAAAUUAUUACCAACAACCAUUUUAUGGCAACACAAGUUAUCAAUCAUUUGAGCAUGCAACGAAACAGCAACCUCCAAUUAAUAACAUUAAAAUUGAAAAUUUAACGACAGACAAAGAUAUUGAACAAAGACAACCAUUAAAUAAUGAAACUUCUAUUGUUGGUGAUGUGAAGCCAUUGAUUGAAACAAAAGAUCAACAACAAAAGGAAGAUUUUGAAACCAAAGAUUCCAAUAGCAUUAGUAAUAAAGUUUUACGUGACGAUGGAAUUCCAUAUGAAUGGGCAAUUGAUUUACUUCGCGAUUAUGUUUCUGAUCUUCUCGAAAGUUCACCAAAAAUGGAAGUUUUCUUUUGUAUUCUUGAAGAAAGUAUAAAGUUAGGUGAUAGAUUGUUGGUUUUCUCUCAAAGUCUUUUCACUCUUAAUCUCCUUGAAAAGUUCCUGCAACGGUCAAAAAUUCCUGAUGCCGAAUCAAACUGGUCGAAGAAUACAAGUUACUUCCGUUUGGAUGGUAGUACGACAGCUCUUGAACGUGAAAAACUUAUAAAUGAAUUUAAUGCAAAUACAAAAGUGAAAUUGUUCUUAGUGAGCACGCGAGCUGGUUCUCUUGGCAUUAAUCUUGUUGGUGCUAACCGUGUUGUCGUGUUUGAUGCAAGUUGGAAUCCAUGUCAUGACACUCAAGCUGUUUGUCGUGUUUACCGAUAUGGGCAAGCGAAAUCAUGUUACGUUUAUCGAUUUGUAAUGGAUAAUUGUUUAGAGAAAAAGAUUUAUGAUCGACAAAUCAACAAACAGGGAAUGGCAGAUCGAGUUGUUGAUGAAUGCAAUCCUGACGCUCAUCUUCGCAUGAGUGAAGUGACAAGUUUAUGUUAUGACGAUGGUGAAGAUCCUGAUCCUAAGGAAUUCAAGGAAGAGGUAGACAAAUACAAAGAUGUUGUGAUGAAAAUAGUCUUGACACAUCAAUCUAAAGCGUUGACAAAGGAGCCAUUUCAACAUGAAAGUCUACUCGUUGAUCGUAAAGAAAAGAAGCUUUCUCAAGCUGAGAAAAGAUUGGCUCAAAGAGGCUAUGAAAUGGAGAAACAAGCUGCAACGAAACCUUCGUUUAAUUACAAUCCAUCAAUAGGAUCAAAUAAUUAUCGUGCUUAUCGAACGCCUGACGGUUCCUUGAUUCAUCGACCAAUAGCAUCAGUUCGACCAAUGCAAAGUGAGUUGGGAGAUGCUUUGAAUUCAGCUGUUCGUGCUAACAAUAAUCAAAAACCAAAUCGAUGGGUUCCUGUUGAAGUUUGGCAAAGCAAAGGUUUAACAGCGCAAGAGAUGACGCUACCUCAAGACGUUUCAAUUCAAACAAAUUCUGCUGACAAGUCGAAGAUUUAUUUGAAGGCCGGUCAAAAAGUUAUCGUCUUGAAAUCACCAAAAGGUAUUUGUUUGCAAUUGGAGAGUGGCAAAGUUAUCGCUAUUCGAGCUUCAAUAAAAACUGGUCAACCAACUGGUCAAGUUGCUAAUCCCGAUCAGAAGCUUUGCAGUUUUUCUGGAAUGCAAGAUCCGUCUCAUCGACAUCCGAACAGAGCAAAGUUCACGUCGCCAACAAAGAACGAUGGAGAUGUUAUUGACAUUUCUAAUGAUGAUGAUGAUGAAAGUCAAGUACCAGCAAUAAUUCCUAAUAAAGACAAUUCUUUAUUACCUAUUCAAAGUUCUAAUGCCAUCAUUAGCGCUACUAAUGAUACUUCAGUAAGAGAUAUGACGGAACCAUCACGUGUUGAUCACACAACCGACACAAUGUACAAGGAAAAAGUCGUCUACAAACCGAAUCUUGUUCAACGUAGACCGAAGUUUUUUCCAACUCAAACUACUUCGUCACAUGACACCAUGAACUUACCAACAUCAUUACCAAAAAAGAAUUUAUUGGAGUCUGGAUAUCAAGGACAUUUACAGCCGUCAUUUACAACGAUUGGGACACAUUCGUCUUCAAAUUAUUACAAUCAGAAUGUCAAUGGAGCUCCCAAACUACCAACACCAGUUCCAAAGUUAACUGACAACUUAAGAAAGACAUCAAUUAAUCAUCAAGCACGAGAUAAAGAUAAAAGUUUACCGCCAUUCUAUUCACCGAAUGUCAGAAGUUUCAUGACGCCACCGCCGCCAAUCCCUUCACAAAAUAUGUACCAACAACCACCUUAUCCUAGCACAUGCUACAACUCACCGUCAGCAGCUCCAAAUAACAAUUGCGAUCCAUAUCCAUAUAAUCAUCCAAGCUUCUUAAACACUCCACCACAGAACUUUCAUUAUCCAACACCGGGAUCUGGAAAUUACGAUCCAGGAUAUUUACACUACCAGGGCUACAACUACAAUAAUCUUCCACCCCCGCAUUCUUAUCCGCCUUCAAUUGACUCAGAUUCCAAUGUUCAAGUUCCAUUCUCAUCAUCAACCACAGGAUCGACUUAUAACGAUUGGAAUUAUAAUAUUUAAAAGGUCUACAAUCAUAUUUAACUUCUAACGUAAAGAAUAUGAAUAUAAUUCUUUUAACAAAAACCUCGACAUUCUUUAGAAAAAAAAAAUUUCCAUUUAAGUUGAAAGUAUAAACGUUAAAGUAGUGACUUUAGUACUUAUGACUUAUGUAAAUAAAUAUCUUUGCUUCAUUCCUUUUAUUCCAUUUAUGAUUUUGUUAAAUAAAAAAAAGUAGAUAUUUGAAUACAUUUUUAAUUUUUGCCACUGUUGGAAAAAUGAAUAGAUCAGAAAACUCGUUACUUUCACAUUAAUAAGUAGAUAAACAAAUAAAUAUUUAGAAGAGAUUUUUUUCAUGACUUAAACUUAUUAUGAUUGUGUAAGAGAAAGUUGGGCUAACAAUUAGAAAUUUAAAAGUAGAGAUAUUUAUAAUUUAAAGUAAAUAUUAGAUAAUUGUUUU